UGCAGGAUCGGGCCCGGGAAGGGGGGGCGCACCUGCUGGAGGGCAGGGAUGGAGACGAAGGCCGGCGGGACCGAAAGACGCCACCUCCUCAAGGGCCUGGAAGGCAGGUCUUAUUUAGGCAUUUCGGGGGCGAAUUUCCAGGGGUCGAUGGUCAGCUACGUCCCAGACCUUGCCUCCAUUGAGCUGGGUCUGAAGGGGACCCAGCAUUGCCACUCCAGCUGGGCCCCAAGCAGCUGCUAUGAUGCUGAGAAAACGAGCGCGCGGAGGAAGCUCUAUCUUGCGUCUGUCAUCUGCUUGGUCUUCAUGACAGGGGAAGUUGUGGGUGGUUACUUCGCUCACAGCCUGGCCAUCAUGACAGAUGCCGCUCACCUUAUGACUGAUUUUGCCAGCAUGAUGAUCAGCCUCUUUUCGCUUUGGAUGUCCUCUCGGCCAGCUACCAAAACCAUGAAUUUUGGCUGGCAUCGUGCCGAGAUCCUGGGCGCCCUCUUGUCUGUGCUGUCUAUCUGGGUGGUGACGGGCGUCCUGGUCUACUUAGCAGUGCAACGACUGGUUUCGGGUGAAUAUGAGAUAGAAGGGCAGGCCAUGCUGAUCACCUCCGGUUGUGCGGUAGCAGUGAAUAUCAUAAUGGGCAUCGCCCUCCAUCAGUCGGGACACGGACACGGACACAGCCAUCAGAAGCCCGGGGAGGGGAGGCAGAACACCAGCGUCCGGGCGGCCUUCAUCCAUGUGGUUGGGGAUCUUCUGCAGAGCGUCGGAGUCCUCAUAGCUGCCUACAUCAUCUAUUUCAAGCCAGAAUACAAAUAUGUGGACCCCAUCUGCACCUUCCUGUUUUCCAUCCUGGUUCUUGGGACGACACUGAGCAUCCUGCGAGAUGUUGUCCUUGUGCUGAUGGAAGGUACCCCGAAAGGUGUAGAUUUCAACAAUGUGAAGACAAUCUUGCUGUCCAUUAAUGGGGUGAAAGCCCUUCACAGCCUCCAUAUCUGGGCUCUGACGGUAUCCCAACCUGUGCUUUCAGUCCACAUCGCAAUCAACAAGGACGCCGACGCGCAGGCAGUCUUGAAGGAAGCAAGCUCCCGCCUGCAGGCAGCCUUCAGCUUCCACACCACCACCAUCCAGAUAGAGAACUACUCGGACGACAUGAAAGAUUGCCGGGAAUGUCAGAGCCCUUCUGACUGACUUCUGGGUACCUGCAAAGGAGGGUCACCAAGCAACCUGAGAAUUGAUGUGAAGCCGCUACCUCGGAGUUCCCAACACUGUCAGUGAGGUUGGGAAAGUGACUCUUUUGGACUACGUGUCCCAGAAUACCUUAGCACUUGCGGCGUUCUGGGUGCUGUAGUCCAUAAGAGGUACUUUCUCCAGGUGUGUGUGGUGACUUCACAGGCUCCCUCUGGCCAAAUGGCGAUCUGGCGUCACUCAAGUGCCUCUUUCGUGUUAUAUUUGGGAGCAAAAUCAUUAAUGGUUGUGCCUUGUCCCCCUUCCUUUCUCUCUGUUUGUCUCUGUUUUGCUAGUCCUUCCUUUCUCAUGUCUGUCUGUUUUGCUAGCCCUUCUUCCCACUCCAAAUACAGUUUUAUAAGAAUUCAAAAUAAAACCGCAGGCCCUCUCUGCCUAUUUAUUGA